UAUAGAUUCAAUUUCAUUUUGAACACGUUCUCUAGCGUCAUGUUGUGGAAUCACCAAAAAACUAUAAAAACUUAUUAAAAUUUAAAUUUAAAUAUCACAUUGAUAAUAGCUACUCGCCCUUAAACAUUAAAGUUAAACAAUAAUUUGACAAAAUGAAAUUUUUAUUCGCUAUUAUUGCCGCUUUAUUCUUGAUCUGCGCCUCUGGAGUACAAGCCCAACAGUGUCCCGUUGCUUGUCCCGCAUUAUUUAGACCCACCUGCGCUUUCAAUGGUCGUUGCCACAAACAAUUCACCAACGAUUGUUUGAUGAACUACGAAAACUGCAGUAAGAAAGAAAACUUCCAAAUUGUAGAAUUAGCUAAAUGCUCUCAAAAGGGUGCCGUUCAAUGUUAAGUUUAAUAUAAGUUAUUGUUUAUUUGUAUAUAUUUAAAAAAAUAUUUAAAUCAUAAUAAAGUAAAAAGUUAAUU